CAGAUAGAUCUGCAAGAUGUCGUUUGCUUACGAUGACGAUGAAAGCAAUCCAUUCGCAGACCCCUCUAUUAGACAACACACACAAUUCACCCCCAACAACCAGCCCUACGGGGGAACUGCCAGACAGGUGCCGAACCCAGUGGUCACUACUACAUCAGUGCCCGGAGCACAGCAGCCCCCUCCCGGCUACCAGGAGACGACCCCUAGAAUCAACAAUGAGGACCUACUUAGACGCCAAGAGGAGUUAGACAGGAAAGCGGCUGAGCUGCAGAGGAAAGAACAGGAGUUGCGGAACCAAGCAGCGGCGAACGGAGGGCCAAGGGAGAACAACUUCCCGCCCCUGCCCGGAUUCCUGCACAUUCGUCCCUGUUUCUACCAGGACUUCGAUGCCGACAUCCCUGCCCAGUUCCGCAAGACAGUGCAACUGGUUUACUACUGCUGGAUCAUAUACAUAGCCACUCUGCUGUACAACUGGUUCGCAGGUGUAGUUUUCUAUGUCUGUGAUCCGGACGGAGCUGGAACCUUCAAGUCAGUCAUCCUACCUGCGGUGUAUUUGGUGUUGUUCGCGCCCUGCUCCUAUGGCUGUUGGUUCCGAGCAGCCUACAACGCCUUCAAGAGUGACUCAUCCUUCAACUUCUUUCUCUUCUUCUUCAUGUUCUUCUUCCAGUUCUGCACAUGUGUGCUGUUCGCAGUGGGGCCUAAUAACUCGGACUGGGGCAUGAUGGGCUGGCUGUGUCUGAUAGACGCAUUCAGUAACAUAUUCUGCGGCAUCGUAGUCCUAGUCUCGGCUGUCCUUUUCACUCUCCUCGCUGUCGCAAUGGCACUUCUGCUGCAGAGAGUUCACGCAUUGUAUAGGACAACGGACGCCAGUUUCUCAAAAGCUCAGGCCGAGUUCAACACUGGAUUCAUGACCAACCAACACGUACAGAAAGCGGCUACAAGUGCGGCUACUGCCACUGCUAGAAACGCCUUCAGCAGUAACAAUCCAUAAACAAAGAACAGUGCGUGAAACGAACCCAUAGACCCUAGAUCAUUGAUUUGGCGCACAAAAACGAGAACCGUUGAAGACAGUAUUUUAUGCUUGGUAAAUUGAAAUUGGUCAACGGAAACUGAAACACUGCUUUUUUGUAGAAUACUAGCUGACAUCGGAAAUAUACUUCAAGGCAGAAACGGUGCAAAAAACGACGUUUAACCCGACCUAGCUGUAAAAUAUGUGUGCCAAGUAGAUGUAUUGGACCAAGUGAACACUCUCAUCCCUUAAUAAUUUAGGGGGAGAUUGUUCACUUGGUUCAAAGUAACAUUUUUUAGCCAAUCAGACUUGAAUAUAGUACAUGCAGGCCUUGAGAUUGUUCACUUUGUAAAUUUAGGGGGGAAAUUGGCCUGUAUUUUUGCGCCUGUAUUUAUGCUCAAAAACACCGAUACUAUCUGAGAUUUACUGAUCGCGAAGGUUAAACCUCGUCAAAAAUUUGGCAGUUAUUUAAAAGUUAGUUGUUGGUUCUAAUGACUCAAGAUUGGUAGAAACGUUUUGAUGCUAUUUACGUGUAAGUUUUGAUAAUUUGAAUGUUGCUCCGAAUUUUAAUAAAGAUAUAAUAAAUAAUAGCACAAGCAUUGCCUAUAUAUACUGACUCGUGUAUACUUACUGAAUCAAAUCAUUUUAGUUUUCUACUGUCCCUAAUGCUGAAGCAUUCCAUAAUAUCUUGUCCUUUAUCUAUUUGUGAAGCGGAGCUAAUUGAAUUGAAAUGUUUAAUGACCUCUUGGCAUAAAAAUUAAUCUGUAUAUCAUGUAUAGUUGAAUUUAACCCAAUGGAAAUUACCUUAUAAUGUAUUAGCAUUUGAAAUUGUUGAAUGACUUGAUGGUAGGAUAGAAAUUUAUUAUUUGCGUAACAUUUUUGAAAUCG